GAAAAUCUCGUCGAGGAAGUAAAUCACAAAUGCAAGUAUUGGAUUCAAUGAUGGUACCAGAACCAGAUACUCCAUCUUUGCAAGAAACUACGCAUGAUAGGGACACUUCAGGUCCACGACAUACCAUCGAUGUUUGCGGACCUGAAGUUUCAUGCGUCAUGGAACCGCAAAGUCCUGUGCAACAGGCAUCAUGUCUUUCUCCUGCAGCUUCUGGUGACUUUGCAUCCCACAACCGGACUGAGGAGACCGUAGAAUGCACAGCACCAGCCUUCACUCCGUCUGAACAGUCAAACUCUGCACCGGACCUCAUCCCCGAUUCACGCUCAGAAUACACCAGCCUUCACUCCGUCUGAACAGUCAGACUCUGCACCGAACCUCAUCCCCGAUUCAUGCUCAGAAUCUUUCAUGGAGGCUCGUCUAUCCACCUUGAACCAGCAGCUUUCGCCCACCAAUAGCCUUCCUGUUUCCGAAACGAACUCGUUGCAUACUGACGUGGUCGAUCCACCCGCUGAGCGGGAUGCGGUGACCUUGCUACAAAAUCAACUGAGUGCCAUGUCUGUUCGGCUUUUGACAGCACAAGAUCAAAUCGACCGACUUCUUGAGGAGAAACGAAGCUGGUUGAAUCAACCCCAAUCCAAUAAACAGAUGAACUCGCAUCAUCCGUCGGGAGAGCUGCGUGGGCGUUUGGCACAAGCACAGGCACUGGCGGAAACAUAUAAACGAGAGAAGGAAAAUAUGGUGGUUAAAUAUGCGCAGUCGGAACAAAAGCGUAUCGAGCUACAAAACCAGUUAGCCGCAUUGACCAAAUCUACCCAGCAGCUGUCCAAAUCCACACCUCGUGGGCCGCAGAUCACCACAAAUGGGGUGGACCCCAGUGGGAACUCGGACUUGUCCUCAAGUGACUCACAAGAGCUGCAGGCGCAGUUGAAUCAGACUACGAAGUUGUUGAACGCAGCUCGCCAAGAAGUUGAUGCAUUGCGUAAGGGCCAGAAGAACGACGAAGCACGAAUCAAUACCCUGGAGGCCAAGCUUGGUCAAAUGCAAGAAACAGUUCGAACCGAACAGCGCAAAACGGCGACACAAAACGAAACCAUUUUGCGUCUAAAUCGUUCCUUGGAAGCUGCCUCCAAGCAAGCGAAAGAGGCUGAACGGUUGCGUGAACGUGAAGCUGAACGUCUAUGCAUCGAAGUCGCCCAUAAGGAAGCCCAAGAACAAGUGAAACGUUUGCAAACCGAGUGCGACACAUUGAGGGGACAGGUAUCGGAAAUGGAACAGCUGAAAGCAAAAUUGUCCGAACAGGAAGCCCACUUGUCAAAGAGGCUGAACGGUUGCGUGAACGUGAAGCUGAACGUCUAUGCAUCGAAGUCGCCCAUAAGGAAGCCCAAGAACAAGUGA